UCUCCAUUAGGCACCACAGAGACGCAAGGAGAAGUUGAAAUUAAUGGCUGGAACGAGGGAUACCCAUAAUGGAAGAUUGAAGCGUAAGCUCAAGACUCUGAAGAAGAUGAAAGCAAAAGCUGCAGCGAAGAGGGCGGAGAUGUUCCGCCUUGGAGAAGAAACGACAGAAAUAAUAGCUGCAAUGGAAGAGAAGAAAUUUGAGCUGGAGCUGUUGAAGAUGUCACUGCACCAGCAGUCUGAGGACAUGCUUUUUAUCUCAGAAAUAGUGGAUAAUAUUACCGACAUUAUGCUUUAGAUUUAAUUAGCUAGCCAAUGAUAUUAGAAGACCAAGUUACUUUGCUUGUGUGAUGUUCUAGUUGGGUCAUGGAACUUAAUUAUCCUAGUACGUACAUGGUUAAGUCCAAGGUUUGGUGUGAUUUUAAUAAUAAAAAAUUAGUAAAAGUGGUGUCUCUUU